CCCCCCCUCUCUCUCUCUAUAAUAUGGACCCUGCAACUGGAACAGCAAGAAGGAGGUCUUGCUUUUUUGAGGAUGAUGAUGAUGGGCUUGUAUCUAUAGUGCCGGAUAUGGAAGCUGGGGUUUCUGGGAAUCAUCAGAGUAUCUGUCUGGUUUCUGGGCCGGUUUAUUCGCAGAGAAGGAGUAGCUUGAGGAAUCUCUCCUCUGCUGCUGUGAUGAUGGGUUCUCCACGAUCUGGUGGAAAUGGGAGGUGUUAUUACUGGAGUGAUGGUAGAUUUGAAGAGUCUCACUGCCCCCAACAAUCCCAUUUUCUGGACUCCUGCUUCCUCUGCAGAAAGCCCCUUGAUAACAGAGACAUCUUCAUGUACAGAGGGGAUACCCCAUUCUGCAGUGAAGAGUGCAGGCAAGAGCAGAUAGACAUGGAUGAAUCCAAGGAGAAAAGAUGGAACCUUUCUACUUCCAUGAAAGCUUUGAGAAAAAAAGACCAAAGGAGAUCAACUUCUCCAAACAAAACCUCUGCACAAGACUACUCUUUCCACACUAACACUGUUGCUGCUGCCUAACUAAACCCACCAUAAAGAACAUAAAUAAGAAAAACCAAAAACAAGAAAAGAGCCCAUUAGACAGGAUGAAGAAGAAGAAGCUCAGGCUUAGGUGGUGUGGGUGUUUGGAGAAGCAUAUAUACAUAGUACAUAUGAGGAUUAUGUGUUUUUAUGUCUUCUAUAGAUGUAAAUGGGGUGAUGUGAUGAGAGGCCUGUUUUUGCCUGGGAAGAAGAAGAACAUGAUGGGUCUUGUUUUUUUGGGUGUUUUUUUUUUUUUUUUUUUUUUUUUUUUUUUGGGUUUCUAUGAUGGAAAUGAGAAUCAAUGACGCAUGGCAUAAAGUUUCUGCUUCUCUUCUUUGCAAGUUCAAGAAUCCACUUUUUCUGUUCUCCAUUAA